AUGCACAAUGAGAAUUUUCGUCAAUUCAUCGAGACUCGGGAAGCAUUUGAAGGGAGGUUAAAGAAUAUGCAAGGCCUGGAAUUUGUAGUAGCUCAGGAUCCUAUACAGGAAGCUGCUGCUGCUGUAGCGGCUGGAAAUGCUCCACAAGAACCAUCGAACAUAUGGGUUAUUAGGAAGCAAAAUAGGCGCCGGCAGCCGGGUAUGCAGGAGGAGGUCCAGAUACUGGCUACCUACUUUGUUCUAUCUACUGUCACGUCUCUCACCAAGGUACUCCCUGUCGCAUCGAAACAGCUGCUUUUUACGCCAUCUCACGGCCAUACGUACACUCCCCCAAUUCAGAAGCACACAGAGGCAAGCCAAACGACUGCUACCCAAUCCGCACAAGCUGGAAAAGAAGCCACUCCUGUACCCGGUACCCAAAAUACAACACCCGGCGCAGUGUCGCCGCCUUCCAAGCUAGGCGCAGCGGCAAGUCAGGAUAUGAGAACUCUUGCAGAUGCGCUCAAUCUCCUCUCCCGUUAUGGUGACGAGUAUAUGGAUGAGAUGCCUUUGGUCGGUGAACCAGGGUCCUUCAUCAUCUCAAAGAAUGCCGCAAAUACAUUGGCAGUUCCCGGCACUGAGAACCCUUCUGGCAGUGUCGGAACAACCAAGUCCAUUGUGCGAUCACCAUCGGGGACUCCAGUGCCAAAACCAGGAGGACCAGAUACACCUAGCGCCUCACCUGCACUUGGAGGUGUGACUGACUCCAAUCAACCUUCAAUAGGGAAAGGUAAAAAGAGGGCUAUCACCAACACGAUGUGA